UGUCUUCAUCUCUCUCUCUCUGAUUUGCUUCUUCGAACUUUAAAAAUGGCGAUGUGGGGCCCCAUAAAAGUUGACUCGAAGGCGAGUUCAAGAGUAAAGUGGGAAGCUUUCCAUCUCCUUCUUCUUCCCCAGAACGGAGAAAGAACGGAAGAAAAGCUUCGAUCCCCAUUGACAAUCCUGCUCCAAGCUUUCUUCUGUUAGAGCUCCGGGCACGGCAAUGUACGAUAAUGUCCUCUUGUGGGCCUUCUUUGCCCUUCUCUUCACAGCUGCGUCAGUUCUCCUCUCUGCUAUCUUCUUCCCAGUUUUCUCUUCAAGCACAACCCCUAGGGUUAGGACUAGGGAGGGCCCAGAACCUGCUGCCGGCGGUCCCACACCGAGAGGAACGGAUCCCGGCGUCGAUCCGCAGGGGUUCGAUUACGAGGUGUUCCUGAGCUUCAGGGGAUCAGACACUCGCAAGCGGUUCACCGAUUUCCUCUAUAACAGCCUUAAAGAUUCUGGGGUCCACGUGUUUAGGGAUGACGAGGAGCUCCGGGUUGGGGAAGAGAUCGGACCCGAGCUUCUUGAGGGCAUCAGGAAUUCGAAGAUCUCGAUUCCGAUAUUCUCCAAGGAUUACGCUUCGAGCAAAUGGUGCCUCAAGGAGCUGGCUUUUAUGGUGGAGUGUCGGAGAGCAAGAGAGCAAUUGGUGAUGCCGGUAUUCUACGACGUCACCCCGAAUGAAGUUCGGCACCAAGCAGGGACCUAUGAAAGAUCGUUCUCGCAGCAUGCGAGGAAGUAUGAUCCGCUAGUCGUUCAGCAGUGGAGGGACGCUCUCGCUGAGAUUGGAGCCUUAAAGGGUUGGGAGUUGAAGAACAUCGCCAAUGGACACGAAGGGGAACUGGUGAAAUUAGUGGUUGCCAAGGUCUUGAAGGAAUUGAAGAAAGCUUAUCUUGUUCUGCCUGAUAGCAUAGUUGGAAUAGACGAUCAUGUAGAAGCAAUUACGAGAUUGCUAGAGGUUGAUGCUAGCGAUGUACGAAUUGUCGGGAUACAUGGCAUGGCGGGUGUUGGUAAGACAACCGUCGCCAAGGUCGUCUAUAAUCAGCUGUUGGAUCACUUUGACAGUUGUAGCUUCCUCAAAGACAUCCGAGAAACAGCACUGCAACACAAGGGUCUUGAAUAUUUGCAAAGCCUACUGAUCUCUAAGAUCUUAAGGUGUGAGCGACAGGAUUUAACUAGUAUCGACGAAGGAACUUAUGAGCUGAAGCACAGGUUACGUACGAAGAAAGUCCUUAUUCUUCUCGAUGACGUUGAUAGGAGGAAUCAACUAAAUGCACUUGCAGCGGAACUUGAUUGGUUUGGUCCGGGAAGCAGAAUUAUUGUAACAACUAGAAACAGAGAUGUUCUGAACACAUCUCAAGUGGUUGCGGCUCAUGAAGUCAGAGAACUGCAGCCUCAUCAAGCUUUUCUUCUUUUCUGCAAGCAUGCCUUUAGAAAUGACUUGCCCCCAACUGACUUUGUUGAUAUAUCGUAUAAUAUCGUGGAGACAACUGGUGGACUACCUUUAGCACUCGAGGUCAUAGGUUCUUUUCUAGCUGGAAAACGCAUGGUAGUGUGGGAAGACACUUUAAAGAAGUUGAAAAGUGUACCUCAUACGGAAGUCCAAGCAAAAUUGAAGAUCAUCUAUAAGCAUUAGAUUAUGAGCAGAAACAAAUAUUCCUCGACAUUGCUUGUCUUUUCAUUGGAAGCGAUGUAAGGAUCGAAGUUCACAUAUGGGAAGAUUGUGAGUUCUUCCCAGAUGUUGGACCGGAAGUCCUUCAUCUAAUGUCUCUCUUUAAAACAGGAGAUAAGCCAUGAGCUAUGGAUGCAUGAUCAGCUCAGAGACCUUGGAAGAGAUCGUUUGUCAAGAAACCUGCAACUAGCGGGGGGAAGCGAAGCAGUUUAUGGCACACUGAAGAAGCAAUUGUUGUAUCUUAUAGGCAAGUGGUAGAAAGAUGAGUUUGUGCUUAUUAUGCACCUUAUUCAGCUUCUGUUUUGAAGUUAGAACUUUUUCCUUUGAGGACCACUUGUUUAAGCUGGGACCUUCACCUUUUUUUGAGGUCUUCUGAUUUGAAAUCAAAUCCUACUCUUCACUGAGAUGCACUUCCAGCCAAACUCACAUCCCAAUUAUUGCUAAUUGUAAUGCUGGGUUCAACGCAUGUCGAAGCCGUUUGUUUGACUUUGGGGAUUAAAUUGGUCAACUACUGCUUCGGGAAUCAAGAGUUCAUAAACUCAUCAGAUUUGAGGUUCCUUCAGUUGUAUUCUGCCAAUCUUGCCAGUGAUUUUCACCGUAUCCUGUCAAAGUUGAGAUGGCUAGGUUGGUUGAUAAGAAGCUCCAAAGUUCGGCCAGCGAAUUCAUAGCGCAGCAUAAGAGAGGAUUGGAGCGGCUCGAUCUCAACUAAGAUGUCGAUGAAGUUGAAAUUGCUCGACUCUCGGGUUGCCGAGAUCUACGACAGAACUCUGGAUUUCUCUGUUAUUCCAGUGUUAGAGCAAUUGAUUCUCAAAGGCUGCAGAAGUUUGGUUGCGGUUGACCCAUCAAUUGGACACCUCAAGCAUCUGAUUUCCCUUAAACCUGAGGAAAUGCUUGAAACUCAAGAAGCUGCCAGCACAGUUGAGUUCCAUGAGAGUGUUGAUUGAGCUUCCCGAUUUGAUCUGCCACCAUGAGAAAGCUUGAAACUCUCUUUGGCAGAGGGUGCAAGAACUUGACUCAGCUCCCCGAUUCGAUCAGCUGCUUUACUUCUCUUGAAGAUCUCGUGUUGGAUUGCAGUAGUAUAACCAAACUUCCAGAUUCGAUUGGGUCAUUAGCAGAACUUUCAGGCUCCAACGGCCCUUUAAGUUCAUUGAUUGAGCUGAACUUAUCGAAUAUGACAAUUCCAAGGUUGCCCGAUUCUGUUGGAAACUUGAGCAGUUUGGAAGUUCUUUAACAUUGAUUGUAGCCUUGUGGAGGAGCUUCAACAAACGCAUCCAAGUGUAAGAAAUUGAAAGGUAUCAUUCCGACGAACUUCAGAGGCUGUCAUUGUUGAAGCUCUUGACAUUAAACCACACACAAUUCGAUAGCCUUCCAAUAAGCAUUAGCAGGCUUUCCCAUCUACAGAGUCUCGAUUUAAUGGGAUGCAAAAGGCUCCAGACUCUCCCAGAGCUUCCGCGUACUCUAAUUUGUCUGCAGAUUACCUGUAAAUCAAUGGUUUCCUUUCUCCCUCGUCUCACUAAUUUAAAGGAACUUUGUUUCUCGAAAUGUUAUAAACACGAGUAAGUUCCUCCUGAGAUUGGGAACCUAUCAAAGUUGGAGAAGUUGGUAAUCUCAAUGAUAUGCGUUAGCACAUUACCACAAGAGGUCUACCCUUUCUCAACUCAAAGAACUUUCUAUUCAGGAUUGCAUUACUUCCUGUGCUUCCAGUGGGACUCUAUAAGCUGAAUGUUUCAGACUGUUACUCCUUUCAGACGCCGCCAGAUCUUUCAAACUCAGAGAAAUUAUCGGAAUUAAGGCUGUGUGGUAAAAAAUGCUCUUAGCAGGGAGGGGUGAAGAGGAGACAGUGUUAAUGUGGAUGCUGCCAUGCAUUACCGACUAGAUUCUCAUUUUCAAAUGAUUGGUGAAAGAGAUUGUGUAAGAAUUUGGAAUUUCGCUCGAACUAUAAGGUGGACACUGCAACUUAGCGAGAGAAAACUCAAAGAAGAUACUUGAAAAAAUGGGAAGUUUUGGACAUCGCAAAUCACAGAAAGCCAUCCUUCUGCAUUGUUGGACUGGCUGUUCAGGGCUGCAUGCAGAAGCCAUGUCGCCUUCAGAUUCCUCGUACUUCUUUGUUUCAGCUUUUUCUUCUGUUCCUCUUUUAUCCUUCCCAUAUGUUGUUUGGAUUAUUCUGUGUACUUUUCGUUCCAUGUACAUAAUGUUAUUUGUUCAAAUACGGAUAAAAUGUCCUAACUCAUAAAAUAGAAAAGGAAAGGCUAUCGUUUUUUCCUACUAUUUGAAGAGCCGAACGGUGAAGCUCACAGAGCCAACUCAAGAAAAAACAGUUGGUGGCUCAUAUUUUUUCUUA